AUGAAUGAACGACAAUUCUGGGAACAUCCACUCGGCAGUUGGCUCAAUGACGUGGCCUUCGGUAAUUCACCGGUGGUUGAAGAAAAGAAAUGGCGACUACCGUGUAACGCAGAUCUUCCAAUGGAAUAUGCAGAACUAUGUGAUGGUGUGUUACUGAGCGUGUUAUUUCAUCAAAUAGACCCUUCUUCCGUAGACGUCGUCUCUCCUCGGGAAGUACGCCUCGACCAUCACGAUCAAGUCGCAAAGCAAAGACUUUUUGUUGCUUUGAUUGAGGCCAUACGCAAACUUUACAAGCGUCGUCUCCGCCAGUUGAUCGUACUCUCCCCACCCGACAUCCUCGCUAUCGUACGUAAUCCUCGUGCAGAUGUAUCCGGAGAAGAACUGAAUAAAUUUGUGCUGCUUUUACUUGGUUGUGCAGUACAAAGUGAUAAGAAGAAAACAUUUGUAAGUAGAAUUACACGGCUUGAAAAGCGUCUCCAGCAAGGAAUCGCCAAGGAAAUUCAAAAGAUCACUGAAACCUCAUCGGUAGUGUUGAGCAUAGACGCUUUAGCCCGAUACGACGGUACCGUCAUAGAUCAUAUCGAGAAACUCGUCGAACAACGAGACGCCUACGCUCAAACACUUUCACACAUGGCUGAUACGGAAAGCGACGGUGGAGGAAGCUCAACGGAGAGCUCUUCGGUAAACGGUGAAAUCGACCAUAGGCGGCGAGUGGAAAAGCGGCUUAGAAGAACACCCUCACCUCCAUUUUUGGAUCGACAUGCUACCGUAGAACUCAGUGCAAAGAAUGCAGAACUGCGUAAACUGCGCAAAGAAACCGAGGACAAAGAUGAUCGAAUAAACGAACUCACUGAUGAAUUGGAAGCUUCGGAAGCGGAGGUGAGGAAGCUGAAAGAUGAACGGAUUGAGUUGGUGAAAGAUGCCAGAGCCGCUAAAAAUCUUCGGGACGAAUUGGACUGUGUCCAGCAAAAGUUGGAUCGUCUCGAAAAACUUGAACGUGAAAAUUCUCACCUACAUGAGAAAUUGUCGAAAUUGGAAUAUGUUCAGUCUCAGUUAGAGCAUCAACGAGCCGAUAAUGCUACUUUGGAAAUGUCCAUUGAGCAAUUGGAAAGUGAGCUGGAAGUGCUUCGACAAGAAAAGAAGACUCAGAACGAAACUCAGUCACGACUAAAUGAGGCUCAACAGAGUAUGCGAUGUUUACAGACUGAUAUCAGCGAGAAAAACUCAAAAAUUGAAGAGUUACUCGUAGAGCAGUCGCGUCUCGAAGGAGAGCUGAUGUGCUUGAAUGGGAAGAUUCUCGAGAUGGAAAGGCAUAUGAAUGGCCCUAAUCAUACCCCUCGUGAAAGCUUCGGCUCCUUGGCUGAUGAGAUGGCCGACAGUGAACGCAGUGAAGUUAUGCAGCUUCGGCUAGAGAAUCGCAAACUGCGCGCUCAUUUGGAUUCGACUGAGAGCUCGAUAGUCGCAUCAGCCGAACUAGAACAGCUGAAAACCGAAUUGGAGGAGCGGGAGAAACAAUUAUCCGAGAAUCGUGCUGAGCACGAGCUUGUCCAGAGACAAGUUCAAAGUUUAGAAGAGACAAUCACUCAGCUCAAUCAGGAAAUCAUCGAGACGAAUGCCGAUCGCGAAAAAUUGCGAACAGAACGGGACGAGUCAGUAAUGUCGCUGAUUGAUGCGAGAAAAAAGUUCGCCCAGUUUCAGUCUGAAUUUGGCAGGAAAUUUGAACAGGAGGCGCAGACGAAGGUGAUGGAAAUGGAAGCUGAGCUUCAAGAUCUUCGCCGUAAGUUGAGCUCAGCUGAAGAAGAACGUCGACAAACUGAAAAACAACUUCACCGAGUUUGUGACGAACAAAAACAACUUCGUGUGACAGUUGAUGAACUUCGCGAAGAAAAAGCCAAUGCUGAGACACAAUGUGCCACAAGUGAACGUGCUAGGCGAAGUGCCGAAACCGAGAGAAACUCGCUUAGGGCUCGUAUCGAGGCUUUGGAUGUGGAGUGUGAGGAGUUACGCGAGCGUGCGCGUUGCGCAGAGGAUGCGAAGCGACGAAUGGAGGGUGGCGAGCGGCGUUUGGCUGAGUUGCAGACGCGUGUUGGUGACUUGGAGGCGGAAAAUCGGACGCUACAGCAGCAGAUGGAGCUCGAAUCCCAAAAGACGCAACGCCUUCGAGAAGAUCUCGUUUCGGAGAAAUCGAAGUUAGCAGAACUUGUCAGUCGCUUGCGAAGCGUAUGCGCCGCGGUCGCACUUAAUGGUGGUAAAAUCGAUGCAGAAAUGGAUGAUCAUCAGCUAAUCGACUCCAUCGACGAUGUGAUAAUGGGCGCGCUGACGGCUGCUAAACGCGAAGCGGAUGCGUUGCGUUUGCAACAGCACACGCAGAUCGCGGAGCUGAAUGAUCUCAAGAGUGAUAUCGAGAAGUUGAGAAGAAGCGAAAGUGCAUCCCUCGUUGAAAGUGACGAUCGUGUUCGUGAACUGUCAAAGGAGAAUGUCGCACUAAAAGAGCAGGUUUUCCUUGUGCAAGAGAAAGUACGAGAAUUACAAAUUGAAAUCGCUGCUAAGAAUAGUGAGAUCACAGCAGCGAAAAGAGGCAUCGAGGAGUUGAAUAGGAAUGCGACUGCUGCAUCUGCUUCGAAUACCGAGCUAGCAAGGUUACAGGUCUCGUUAAGGAACCUUCAGCUACAGGAAGAACUGCUUCGUGAGGACAACUCACAGCUCCGUGUGCAAAUCGAUUUAGCCGAGAAAUCUCGACAUAUUGCCAAAAAAGACGCGGAUUCGUUGGCGGCUAUGCAUCAGGCGUUGCUGACGGACCAUGAUCGUCUGCAGAAUUUGCACGAUUUGCUCACACAGGACUACGAACGGGCUCGUCUUGAAAACGUUGAGAUGAAAACGAAGCUGAAAACGCAAAGGCCUAUCUCUGCUGGUCCAUCGCGAGAGAUGGAAGAGAUGCGAAUGGCUCUCGAACAAGAACGUUCCGAGAAAGAUCGCCAGCUUCGAUCCUAUGCGGAUUUGCACAACGAGCAUGGUGCUCUGAAGAGGGAGAUGGAUCACAUUAGGAAGGAAAACGACUGCUUGUCACGAAAUUGUGACAACCUAAGCUCGGAAAUUCGUAAGCUGAAGUUAGCAGAACAAGCGCAGAGGGCUACAGUCAAAGACCUAAUGACUACGGUAGAAGAGCAGACGAAAAAUAUCCAAGCAAAGGAGAUCGAGAUCGCUAAGCUGCACAAUACCAUCGAGCUGUUAACCAAGGUAAAUCGAGUCUAUGAAGAAGAAAGCAAGAAUCUCACACGACAGGUGGAAACACUUUUACACUACAAUCGUGAGCUUCAGGAGAAAGCAUUGACCGAGAAGAAUGUAGCACAUUUGGAGCAGAAGCAAUUCCAGGAACGUCUCUCCGCCCUACAACGGCAUAAGGAGAAACUUGAGGAGAAAAUCAUGGAUCAAUAUCGAUCAAUGGAGAGUAAGAAAAUAGCCGAAAGGCAGAAGCAGCCAUUGGUAAAACGAGCUGCGAAAGCGUUGAUAAGCAGGAGGCGACCUUCAAUCCCAAGCGGAGGAUCAACAACCGAGGAUAGCAGUGUAUACAGUGCCGAUGAAGGAUCACCCCCGCUAACAAACGGAAUAGAAGAUUUUGACCCGUUUCCGCCUACCUGCUCAUCAUCAGAGGAUCACGAUCGCAUCUCGCCACCAAAUGAGACGCCGUUUAGAGCGCAAGAACCUUCAAAUGACGACUUUGUACGUUUCCGUGGUAAUAGCCUAGGCAGUUCCACCAGAGACUAUUCCCCUCACCGCGAAACUCAGCUCAACCACAUCUCCUAUAACGGUCCCGAAAAAACUCCUGAUGUCCACAUUCUGUCUGCACUGCCACCUCGAGCUCCUAUUCGAAAUAGCGUAGCCACUGCCUCGCUCCGCUCACGACCACCUCCACCACCUUACACUGCCACCGGUCGGCAAAAGCCGCCACCGUAUCCUGGACGAAAUGGUGCAAAUAGCUCAUCCGCCUGCUCAACUCCACUGCCAGCCUCGUUUGUGCCACAAUCGGCUUCAACGCCAAAAAGCGAUAAAGGAUCACCGGUGAAAGAAUGUGAUCGUCCUGUUGUUGGCGAAGGCGAAAAAAGGACAUUUAUCAGAGAAAAGGUGGAACGACUCGACAAAGCGAUGAGCAUCUACGAAAAUGUCUCUCAAGCUGAAGUACGAGCAAAUGAAAGUACUGUAUGGUAUGAGUACGGUUGCGUCUGA